CACACACACACACACACACACACACACACACACACUCGACUACAGCUUGUUGGUCUGCUAAUCAAUCAAAUCAAGCACCACCCCUCUUCAACCAAUCCAACCCAAUCCCAGCGCAACCCGAACGCGCAGAGCAACAAUGUCAUCACCAUUCCCGCAGUCACAGCCGCAGCCGCCGCCGCCGACGCACAGCAGCGCCGACGAGGCGGCAGUCGGCGGGGCCUGCGGGGACCACGGGCUGAGCCGCGCCGAGUUCGACGAGCUGCGGCGGCGCGCGACCGCCGCAAAGGCCACGUGCUACGCGCCCUACAGCAACUUCCGCGUCGGCGCCUGCGCCCUGUCCGAGGGCGGCGGCGGGCCCGAGGGGGCGGCGAGCCCUUAUAUAUCGGGGGCCAAUGUUGAGAAUGCUUCCUACCCCGUCGGCGUCUGCGCAGAGGUCACAACCCUCAGCUCGGCCGUGACGAGCGGCCACAGGCGCUUCCGGGCCCUGGCCGUCGCCACCGACGUCGCGCCGCCCGCCAGCCCCUGCGGCAGGUGCAGGCAGUUCAUCCGGGAGUUCUGCCCCCUCGACAUGCCCAUCCUCAUGUUUGACAAGAACGAAGACUUUAUCGUCAUGAAGCUUGAGGCUCUCCUCCCGCUCUCCUUUGGGCCUGAGAACUUGCUCCCUCCCGGCGCUGCGGCUGCGGCAGCGAGAGGCUCCGCGUGAUUGAGGUCUCUGUUUUUCGUUCUGUAGCCGAGUCAUAGAGGACUGAGUAGACACACUGGCCACGGGCAGAUAUCAAAUCUACUCACAUUGUCCGAACGGGUGUCCCCCAUUUCUGCAAUAUUGUCUGCCUGCGCUGUAUUCCGUUUACCCAUGUCUAAGUCUACCCAACCGAUCCGGUUCCGCCAGGAAACGGUCUAUGCUGUGGGUAUCAAGGGGAGUGGCCCGGGAGAAGUUGGGAUAUAAAACGAACGCAUAAGCCAACCCGCACCACUCCUGUUGCUACCUUGUCACCCGGGGUUCUUUAGUGCAAAGGCCCGGUCCUAGCAGCCCCCUUAUACCCGUGGAAUGUGUUGGUGGCAAAUCAAACGCAAAAAAAAAGGAAAAGAAAC